GCAGCACGCAGAGGCACAGCCAGAGUCCCCGAUGCGUUUGCCGUGUGGCACAAGGGGGCUGCAGGUGCACCUUGGGCCCUGUACACCUCGCCUGAAACACCUUGGGUUUUUCUACCCCUGAAAAAUGCCCUUUCAGGCCAAAGGCACUUGCACCCACAGCCCCUGAGAGCCAAUGAACCUGCACGUUGUGGGGGCACCCCAGACCCCCCUUAACCCUUUCCCUCCCCAGGAGGAGCUGGGGAGGCUCUUGGGGCAUGGCAGAACACAGACUGCCAACACAUUCCGUCCCGGGAGACCCCAGAGAGUCCUUAGCGGCCAACCAACACAACGAACCAUGGUGCAGCCACAACUGCUGCUUCCACCAAGUGGCCCCCGCGGCCCCCCAGCACCCCGGCUCCUCCAGGCAUUUGUGCUCCCCGAAACCACCUCCUCGCCAGGCUCAGCCAAGAUGUGCCCACUGCCCGGGCAGGAGCAGCCCUUCCCCACAGCCUGGGCACCCCCACUGGCAGGGGCACCCCACGCCCCACAGGCACCACCAGCAGGGCUCCAGAGGGCUCCAUGCGGCUGCUACUUUGACCCCCGGGUUUUCCACGUUGAGUGGACAAGCACCACCCUGCCUCCACCACCCACCACCGCGCUCGCCCACAGUGCUGCUUCUCUGCUGGGUGCUGCCCUCUGGGGUGCCGGGGUCUGCGGAACCCCCCCCGGCCUGGGCAGCCCCACGCACCCCCCAGGGCCAACGGCAGCACUUCACAGCCUCCAACCAUCAGGGCAGAGCGGUGGCCCCAGCCCCUCCGCUGCUGCCCCCAUCCAGCCCUGGCUACGAGUACAUCCAGGACCAGUUUGCACAGAUCAACAUCUCCAGCGGAGACACCCCCGCGGGGGCACCCCUGCGCAGCAACAUCGCCCCGGGCACCCACCGCCCCACCAGCCCCUCUCCUGCCCCCCACAACCAACCUCUGGGGGACCCGGCAGCCGACCUCACGCUGCCUGAGGAGGUGCCUCUCCACGAGGCCCUGAGGCUCUUUGGCUGCUCCCUGGAUGAGCCGGGGAUCAGCCAGGAGGGUGCCAGCAGCAGCCCCACGCCUGGGAACCCAAGUGCCACCAGCGCAGGCAUCCCACCCUGCGACUUCACUGCGCUCUCUCUGCCCAAGGAGCUGCUCAGCCCCAACUACAGCGUCCCCGAGAGCACCGAGGCCAUCCUGAGCCUGGAAGGAUUCAGCACCGUGGGGCUGGAGCUGCAGGAGCCAUGGGGGGAUGCGGGGAUGGAGCUGCCAGGGCCCCAGCCUGCCAUGUCAGGGGUGAGGGGCAAGAAGCGGGGGAAGAGCCACUUGCCAAAGGCCCCCAGGAAGCGCAGGGCUCUGCAUGGUAUGGCGCAGCUCCCGGGGUCGCUGCUGCUCAGCAUCUCGUCUCGCAUGCUGACCUGCUCCGAGCACCGUCAUCAACCGAUAACUACCGUCCCCUGCACCAGCUGCACCACCACUGCCCGCAGCUCUCAGGGCCCACACAGAGUUAUUGUGCUCAAGUGA